AUGGAUCAAUAUCCAUCUCCUUAUGUAUCAGUUGUUCCACGAAUACUUCCGUCUCAAUAUCCAUCGAAGAAAAUUCCAAUAAAUGAUGAAUCUAAUCAAUAUAUUGAGAAUAAUUCCUUAAGAUCAUAUACAAGUCCAACAACGAUGUUAAAUCGUUCAGUUAAUUAUCCUCCAUUAUCAACAAGAACACAAAUAAUUAAUAAUAAUGAAUUAAAUCAACAAGAAAAUCCAUUGUCUAGCCCAUCAUUUGUUUCAAAUAAUAUUGAAAAUCCUUUACAUGGUCGAACAAACAGCCGUAUUCAUCAUGAACCACUUAAAGGUAAUAGUGGAGAUAUUAUUCGAAGAAAUUCUUAUUCGAACUAUGUUUAUCCAAACAAUUAUGAUUAUGGUUUAUAUGAUAAUUUAAGAAGAAAUUCAAAUCAAGAUAAUAGAAAUGAUAAAAUGUCUAUAAAUGGAUAUAUUAUUAUAAUUGCUAUUAUUAUUGGAUUAUUUGCUUUAACAGCAUUAGCUAUUUCCAUUUAUUUACUUGUUAGAAUAACAACAACAUAA